ACUGUUCCACACUUUUUAAGGUAUUGAAUGAAUGUCCUUCGAGAAAUCACGUUCUGUAUAGGAUUUGAGGUUUUCACGGCGGCGAGUCUGAAGAUGGCUGUCUUUUUUUUUACGCCGGGUAGUUUGGUUGAAGAUUACGACGUUUCAGAAGUCCUUGCUGCCUCCAUCAUCAGGGCCAGACAAGACUACACGGUACAACAAUCCAGAAGACAACCAUCAUCAAAUCACUUUCUGCAUGAAGUGGAGCAGCAACAUAACAAAUUAUACAUUAUUCGCCACAGUUGAGGUAUUGGCAACACUGCUUCACUUGAUUACAGUUGGUUAUGCUGCAAAUGGGGCGUGGUCUCCCAACAGAUACCGGUAAUAUUUGAAAACUUGAAUGGCCGUAAAGUUUGGUGGUGUUAUGUAUAUAUAUUUGUGAGAUUUAUAAGUAUUCCUGAAGUUAAUUACGAAGAUCUAAUUUAACUAUAACUUGAGAAACAUCUACUGUACUGUUUUCCAACAGGAAUAUGAACUUCUUAUCCAACAAUUCAAGAGGGGCUGAUGAUCUAUUUGCAAAUAGUAGUGAAGAAACUGUGAUUGAGAAUUUAGAUUUCUCACGUAUUUUAGAGAAAGUUAAUGUAUUGACAACUACUAAUCAUACUAAUACUUUGCUUGAGAAUAAGCUCUAUGAAGUUCCUGUUGACUUACAUGAGGCAACAGUGAUAGAAGCAGUACAUGGAAAAAAUUGCAUAACAAAAGAAAUUAUUGCAGCAGAUAAAAGUUUUAUAGCAAAUCAUACAGUUACAAAUAUUUGCAAUUUCCCAUUAAAGCUGUAUUGUCCAUUCUGUUAUAGUGACAGUAUGUUUGAAAACAGACUUAAAGGACACAUAAGAAAUGAACAUGCAAGUCACCUGGAAAGAAUUUCAGUAGAUACUAAUACAAACUCUCUUCACUCAUGCCAGCUCAGUCACACUGCAUUUUAUACCGACUUAGUAAUAAAACACAUUCUUCAAUGUCAUCAGGAUAAAAUUUUAAGUAUGUUUCAGAAAGGAGAGGCAAAUAAAUACGUAACAUGUGGAUUUUGCCCAUAUAUGGUAUUAGCCGAACAUAAACAACAUCUUUUAGCACAUAUAGAACAAACCCACUUCAAGGAAUUCAGAAUAUUCAUUAAGCAAAAAUUCACACAAAUUACACAUUGUGAAAAACUGGAAAAUACACUUGACUUGAAAAAUUCAAGCCUAACUUUUUUGUCUACUUUAUUCAUGCAAAUGAGUACCAAAGAAAAUAAAGACACUAAAAAAUCUGUCAUUGAUAAUUCAAAAUGCAGGUCCAGUCCUCAGUUCAAUCAAAAUGAAAAUCAAUUUUCUGAAGAAUAUGGAAUUUUUUUUGAUAAUAGAAAGGUCAACAAAAUUAAAAAUGUUAAAAGUGGAAGUGAGAUUCCAGUCAGGAGAAAACUGAGGUUUGACUUGCCCAAAACUGGCAAGUUUAAUAAAUCCAACAAAGAAAACAUAAUUUCAUGUAGUACAAAUAUGAAAUUAGUCACCAAGAACAAACCACGGUCAUCAAAAACCAAGUCAGUUUCAACAUGGAAAUCUGUGUUUUCAUUUAAAGGAAAGGAAAUCAACAGAAACAAAUCAAUUUCGAAAUUCGUAACAAGUACCCCAAACACCUUCAAUGAAUUACUGAUAGAUUCAGUCACCAAGAAGAGGGGAGAAGCAAAGGCGACACUAGUAACUUCCAUGAAAGAAGAUAUUUCUAAAAAGUACACAGAUGAUGAUGAUAAUGUUCUUCAGACGUAUAGCACGGAUGUGAAACAUGUUAUUUUGAAGACAAAUCCUAAAACUUCAAAAUUGAAAAAGGAUCUAUUCUGUGGGUGGAAGCCACCUGCUGAAGCAUUCAAACAAUUUGAAUGUGCAAUCUGCCUGGAUACGUUCGUCAACAACGUUGAUUUUCUCACUCACAUGAGACGACAACACACCGGUCCUCUGAAACUUCUCCAGCCAUCAUACAAGUGUGGUCUGUGUAAGGCUAAAUUCUACAAGAACAGCUACUUAGUUAGGCACUGCAGGUUUCACCACACGCCUCGAUGCCUUAAGAAUCAGUAA